UAUGAAGGUCAUGGACGUUUUCUUACUUGCCACGUUGGCUGUGCUAGUUCUUAUUUUGGCCUGUACACACGGAGAAUCAGCCAGGGACUCUGACCUUUAUGCCAGUGAGUCAGACAGUGACCGGGUCGCAAGGUGGAUCCUGGAUCAUUUGACGGACAUCAGGAGGGACAGACGAACGAGAAUAGACGCCGGAUUUCUGUCCAGACACAGCGCUCUCCAGAACUUUCUGAAUUCCUACGAUGCUGGACUCGAGGCCGCCGACCCUCAUGGACCAGGGCGUCGGAAGUGA